AUGAUCCCAAAGGUGACCCAAGCUAUCAUGGAUAGAUUAGACCCGCUGCUGGUUGUGCGGGCGAAUGAUAUGGAAGGAGUUCGUAAAGCACGAGCUUGGCUAGAAGCCCAUGGGUUGAGACAUGUAGCUCCGGUAUAUUACCACCAUCCCAAAUCGGAGUUAAGUUACGCAUUCAACGUCACGAUGUAUAAGGGAACAAGGCAAAUGGUAUUGGAAGAAGAGGAGCUUGUAACGACCACUCGUGAUAUACAAAAUACAGUUUAUGAAUUCUUCAAAGACUAUGCAACUGUUCUCACGCAAACAGAAAAAGAAGCAGGGUAUAUAACUGCUAAGGAACUUCCAUAUGAACUGAACCAUAACAUAGUUAUCUACACUAAGCCUGACUGUAUAUACUGUAGUUACAUUAAGCCAUUAUUUGUAACAUACAAACGUGUGUAUCAGACGAAUAUUAAACUAUUCGAUAUCACCAAAUUCGACUUUCCUGUUAACACCCCUGUGCUCAGACAGGUACCACAAAUUGUUAUACCUCAAAUGCCGCCUGAGCCUUUGGAAACGGUUGAAGACGUAGUAGGUAUUUUGGUAAAGGUCGGGGCUGUACCAAUUAAUUGUCAGAUUGGUAAUUGGUAUGCUCGUGCGUUACAGGCAGCAUUGCAAGAAUUUAACGAACAAGGCUCAGCUUACUUUAAGCAAAUAUCAAUGCUGCCUGAUAACCCUGAAACAAAAUCUCUCUUUGAUCAGCGCUUGGACUAUGAAAUUUUAACAAACACUUCCGGUCUUGAAGGAUGCGAGGAAUACUUGAACUAUAUAGUGAAAUCAACAAGGGAAUAUAAGGAAUCGGCAAUCGCUUAG